GCAUUGCUCGAGCCAGCUAUAGCCGGCUGCUGGGGUCCUUUUCACAGUGCUGAGAAGCAUUAGGAGCGAACAUGCCGAAUGUUGGUGUACAACGUGAUCUUCUCUUCAAAGCGUUGGGUAGAAAAUACACUGAUGAAGAGUUUGAUGAACUGUGCUUUGAAUUUGGACUGGAGCUUGAUGAAAUUACCUCAGAGAAGGAGUUGAUCGACAGGGAACAAGGUGAUUUAAAGGCAGAAGGAGCUUCCGAGGUUAUUUUGUACAAGAUUGAAGUACCAGCUAACCGCUAUGACCUGCUUUGUCUGGAGGGUCUUGUCCGUGGACUGCAGGUGUUCAAGAAUAAGUUGGACGUCCCUUGCUACAAACGUGUUAGUCCUGUGAGUGGGGAGCCUCAGAGGCUGAUCAUCACCAAAGAGACAGUGGCGGUGCGACCCCACGCUGUAGCAGCAGUGUUGAGAAAUAUCACAUUCACACGGGAACGUUACGAGAGCUUCAUCGAGCUACAGGAGAAGCUGCACCAAAACAUCUGCAGGAAGAGGAGCCUGGUGGCAAUUGGCACUCAUGACCUGGACACCAUCUCGGGUCCUUUCACAUACACAGCUAAACCUCCUAACAACAUCUGCUUCAGACCCCUCAACCAGGCCAAAGAGUACACUGCCACUGAGCUCAUGAGUCUCUACAAGACAGACAGCCACUUGAAACAUUACCUUCACAUUAUUGAAGACAAGCCUGUGUACCCCGUCAUCUAUGACAGCAAUGGCGUUGUGCUGUCCAUGCCUCCCAUCAUUAAUGGCGAUCAUACAAAAAUCACGCUCAACACAAAGAAUGUCUUCAUUGAAUGCACUGCUACAGACUUAACCAAGGCGAAAAUUGUUUUGAACAUGAUGGUGACCAUGUUCUGCGAGUAUUGUUCACAGCCAUUCACGGUGGAGGAGGCUGAGGUUGUGCUCCCAGAUGGCAGGACAUGCAUAUACCCUGAGCUGAGUUACAGGAAGGAGAAGUUGUCUUGCAAGUUCAUCAACAGCAAAAUUGGCAUCAAUGAGUCAACUGGAAACAUUUCCGCGCUGCUGACCAGGAUGUGCCUGCCAUCCAGGGCUACAGGUGUUGGAGAUGAGAUUGAAGUUGAGAUCCCACCCACUCGUCCAGACAUCAUCCAUGCAUGUGAUAUCAUGGAGGAUGCUGCCAUUGCUUACGGUUUCAACACUAUUACCUACACUACGCCGUGCACUUACACGAUUGCCAGCCAGUUCCCGCUGAAUAAACUAACAGAGCUGCUGAGGCAAGAGAUGGCAGCUGCUGGAUUCACUGAAGCCCUCACCUUCGCUCUGUGUUCUCAAGAAGAUGUAGCAGACAAACUUGGAAAGAAGCUCUCAGAAACCAGGGCAAUUCACAUCUCCAAUCCCAAGACAGCUGAUUUCCAAGUGGCACGCACCACUUUGUUGCCAGGCUUGCUGAAAACAGUGGCUGCUAACAGGAAGAUGCCUCUUCCGCUAAAACUGUUUGAGAUCUCUGACGUGGUGCUGAAGGAUGAUGCCAAAGAUGUUGGUGCGAGGAACAGCCGGCGAUUGUGUGCCAUUUACUACAACAAGAAUCCAGGCUUUGAGGUGAUCCACGGUCUGAUGGACCGAACCAUGCAGCUGUUGGGGGUGAAAUCAGCCCGUGGAGAUGGCUACCACAUCCAGGCAUCAGAUGAUUCCACUUUUUUUCCUGGUCGCUGCGCAGAGAUCUUUGUGCACGGAAACAGCAUUGGCCACCUCGGGGUCCUCCACCCGGACGUCGUGACCCGCUUUGAGCUGACCAUGCCCUGCGCCGUCCUGGAGAUGGACAUCGAACUCUUCCUUGGUCCCUCCGCCGAAACGCCCCUCACACACGACGUCCCUUUGCAGGAAGUCAUCAAGCAUAUGUUUGACAUACAACACAGUUGUCAACAGACCCAGAUCUCCCGUCCGGCAACUACAAAGACCAUUUUUGGUGACAUGAGCACGGCCGCUGGUCUCAAAGCCCUCAAUGUUUUCCUGGCAGACAAAAGCUACGUUGAAGGUUUUGCGGUGACCCAGGCUGACACUGCUGUGUUUGACGCCAUUCCCGCUGCUCCGGCACCAACUUUCUGCCAUGUCCUGCGCUGGUAUAACCACAUCAAGUCCUUCCAGAGGGAAAGGACCAGUCUCCCUGUGGCUCAGGGCCAGUUCGUCUUCCCAUCUACUCCCCCCAAUUCUGCUAACACCAGCGACAGCGACUUUGACCUGUUUGGCUCAGAUGACGAGGACCAAAGCACCGAGGCAGCUCAACUCAAGGAGCAGCGCCUUGCCGAGUACGCCGCCAAGAAGUCCAAGAAGCCAGCUGUCGUCUCCAAGUCCUCCAUUCUACUCGACGUCAAGCCGUGGGAUGAUGAGACCAAUAUGGUUAAGCUGGAAGAGUGCGUCCGCAGCGUCAGCUUGGACGGGCUGCUGUGGGGGCAGUCCAAACUGGUCCCAGUGGGUUACGGCAUCCAGAAGCUCCAGAUAGGAUGCGUGGUGGAGGACGACAAAGUGGGCACAGAUCAGCUCGAGGAAGCCAUCACCGCCUUUGCAGAACACGUUCAGUCAGUAGAUGUAGUCGUUUUCAAUAAGAUAUGAGUCUCAAACACGACGACGAAGCUUCCUGAAGUCGUCUGCUCUUAAACUAAUCGGGGCUUUUACGAAACUGUCAUUCUGUUGGUUAUGGAAAAAAAGGUUCAGCUUAAAAAGAAUAAGAUCUUUGAUAAAGGUAAGAUUCUAUGUGAUGAAAUAAAAAAAAUUAACUUGUCUUCA